UGCAGCCCCUGGUAAACAGAGACGUCAGCUAGAAGUUUUGUGGUGUCCAAAACAAAAGGGAAAGUGACAUUUACUUCACGGAACCGGCAUAGAGAGUGCCAGAGCCGGACGGGCGAGCACGGGGGGCUUCCGGCCGCGGCGCGGGGCUAGACCGCCUCAGCAGCAGGAAAGGCGGCAGUGAGCGCUCACCGUGUCCGUGCAGGCAGCAUGGCGUGUGCGGGCUGAACGACCCCGGUGUGUGCACAGCUGGAGGAGAAGCGGCUGAAGACCCGCCAGCACCCGAGGCCUCCGCCAUGGAGGGAACUGACGCGACUCCCGUGGACAUUGAUCCCGACUUCGAGCCUCAGUCCAGACCUAGGUCAUGCACAUGGCCCCUUCCCAGGCCCGAGCUGUCAGUAGUGCAGCCCGCCACCCCCGCAGAGGAGGGCAGAGCAGACCCCCCGGAUGGCCCUUCUCUCGUGCCUGCCGAGGACAGAGGCCUCUCUGACGGCCUGGUGGGGGCAGGAGUGACUCCCAGGAAAGGGGGAUCACGGAGGAACGCCUGGGGCAACCAGUCCUAUGCAGAACUCAUCACCCAGGCCAUCGAGAGCUCCCCCGACAAACGCCUCACCCUGUCCCAGAUCUACGAGUGGAUGGUGAAGACGAUCCCCUACUUCAAAGACAAGGGAGACAGCAACAGCUCCGCGGGCUGGAAGAAUUCAAUCCGUCAUAACCUGUCUCUGCACAGCAAGUUUAUUAAGGUUCACAAUGAAGCAACUGGUAAAAGCUCUUGGUGGAUGUUGAACCCAGAAGGUGGAAAAAGUGGUAAAGCACCACGUAGAAGAGCUGCAUCCAUGGACAACAGCAGUAAGCUGGCAAAAGUGCGAAGUAAAGUUUCUAAGAAAAAAGCCCAAGGUCCUGGAGAAUCAACUGCAGGAAGCCCUGGUUCACAACCCCCAAAAUGGCCUGGCAGUCCUUCUUCACGCAGUGGAGAUGAUACUGAUGUGUGGACCAGUUUUCGGCCACGAACAGGUUCCAAUGCUAGUAAUAUUAGUGUUCGCCUAUCCCCUAUUUUGACAGAACCUGAUGAUGUUGCUGAUGAAGAGCUGCACUCUUCACUUAGCUUCUCAAACAGUGUACCCCCUACUGUCUCUGAGGAAUUGGAGCUUAUUGAUAGCUUAACCAUGUUGUCUUCAGGAGCACCACUACAAGGAGCCCCCAAUUUCUCAAUACAUUCACCUCAAACUCUGUCUUUUGGUAACUCUCUGUUUGGUCCACCUGAUGCUUCUCCUGUGCGGGGUCCUUCUGGACUCUUUCAACGACCUCAGACUCUGGAAGCCCUUUUAACUUCUGAUUCUCCUCCGCCUAGUAAUGUUAUGAUGACGCAGGUUGAUCCUGUCCUGGGACAGAGCGGAGGACAAAAUCUACUUAUGUUGGGUGGUCAGAGUAAAGGUAGGACACCUGAGCAACCAACUAUUUCUCUCAAUGCUUUGGUGCCUCCUAAUGUUCUAUCAAUGAUGGGGCCUCCUCCAGCCACUUCUAUGCCAUCCCCUAAACCAAAUUCCUUUGGUGCAACUUCAGAUCGUCUUCCCACAGAUUUGGACAUGGACAUGAUCCUUGAAAAUUUGGAAUGUGACAUGGAAUACAUAAUUAACAAUGAGUUGAUGGAUGAAGGUGGUCUUGAUUUCAACUUUGAGCCCAUACAUCCUGGCACCAACCAGAACAACAACCAUAGCUGGGUACCCAGUUAAGGAGAGAUGCAGUGGGAGGCUUCGCUUUAUUUUUAUUUUUUAUGGAUCCAGUGAAGAGUAUUGGCGUCAUGGAUACAGUGUGUGGACUUGGCAAGACCUUUGACUGAGUUCUCCAGCCAAUAGCACUAUAUAAUGCCUCAGUAUAGCACUAUACACAUGUAUACCUGGGCUCAACUAGAGACAAAGCUGACAUGCAUUGCAUAUGCUAUGCAUUGAGAACAUACUCCACCCUGCGGUUCCUGAGCGUGCAUAAUGCAUUGCCUGCCAUAUGGGUAAUAUAUGUGCAAGAAUAGAAUUACCAGAAACUGAUAUCAUAAUGCAGCAUAAACAUAUGUUUGCAAAUGGUUGUGGAUGUAUAGUGGGAUUUUGUGUAUUCUUCUCUAAGAUAAACCAACUUGACAAUUUGUCAGAGAGAGUAACUGAACAGGUUAUUGAAAAUGAAUAGGUAUUUCAGAACUAUGACCCUGGUCCCCGAGUUUUUGGCCAUAUCAAGUUAAGAAUAGUUUCUCAUGGACUGUACAGUUCUCUAGCAGUUACCCUCCUAUUGUACGCUAUAUGUAAAACUUUGCAUAUAGGUUGUAUUGAGCUGUAUACAGCUGAGGUGCAGGCACCAACCCAAAUGUAAUCUAGCCUAACAAUAUGAAUAUAAGUAAGAAAUUAAUAAUUGUAAUUUUAAAAAAUAUAUAAUUUUUAUACUCAUUUUGUAGUUCUCAGAAAGAGGGUACUUUGUACCCUUUUAAAACACUAAAGAUGCAGAUGUGGAAAAAAAAGGGUCAAAUUGUCCAGUCACCAUAUACCUUUAUUACAGCAUUAUCUUUAGCGUGAUUGUCUUUGCUUAGCCAUUUAGCUUGACCCAUUUCAAAUGGGUUUUCAAGGUGUUUAAUAUUAAUGAGCUGUCCUCAGGAUAGGUCACCGGUACCUGAUUGCUGGGUGUCCGACACCAGGCACCUCUGCUGUUCGGCUGUUUGAACAGUGCUCAACCACAGCACCAUCCAUAAACAGCAGCUGUGCUUAGUAUUGCAGCUCAACCCCAUUCACUUGAAUGAACUGAGCUGUUCUGAGGCCAUGUGACCAGUGAACAUGACAUCACUGGCCUAGGAAGAGGCUGGGGUGCUCACGGAGUAACGUGACCUCUUCAGACAGCUGAUUAGCAAGGGUGUCGGGAGUUUGACCCCCACCAAAAAGAUAUUGUCAUCAAUAUUACACGCGUGACACAUACUGUAAAUACCGUAUUUUAUUUCUUAAAGUCAUCAAUAUCUGAUAAGUGGGGGAAUGAAUUCCGGCACCUCGAUCGAGCACUAAUGCACCCGCUUCAUUGUUUACAGCCUUCGUACUUUUGUAUUGCCUGGUAUUGCUACUAAAUUCUGUGCACUUGAAUGGGACAAAGCUACAGUGAGCUGCAAUGCCAUGUACAGCCACUAUCAAAAUACACUGCUCAGCCAAUCGGCUUAUUGGUGCGGGUGUCGGUAGUCAGGCACCUGAUGGCCUAUGCUUAGGGGUCUCAGAAAACCCCUUUAAGUCCAGAGACAUUUAAAAUGAGCCACAUGGUUAUAUUUUUAUAGAUACUAAUUAUUGAUAUUUUCUUUAUGGUUUGGCUCCAUGGUCUCUAGAUUGGGCUAUUUUUGUAUUGUCCUAUUUUAUGGGAGCUCCAACAUAUACAUUGCCAAUAGUUGUUCUCCCAGGAUUUGACUCUUUUCAAUACCAGAUUAAAAAUCUAUUUUUUCAAAAGCCGCCUUCUAUUCAGAACUGCCUUACAUGUACCCCAAAGAAAUGAAAAGGGCUCUCCUGACACCACAAGAGAUUUCCUUUACUCCAGGUGUCAUGCUUUUAUAGUACAUACUAUGAUAUUCAUGCCAAGAUCCUAUUUUUUAUUUUGUUUUUAUAUUUUUGCUUUAAUGUAUGUUUUAAAACUAUGGGUACUCAUAUUUAAGUGGUUAUCCCUUUAAAAUGUCCAAUCCAAUGCUACAUUUAUUUCCUGAGUCUAGUAGCACCCUCUGUUAAACUGUUAAUUGCUAUAGCAGAUCAGCCUGUUUCGCUUUUUAAGUUGUUUUUAUUAUUUUCGUACUCUUCAGCAACAUUUCUGAACGUUUAAUGAGCUAUCAUUACAGUCCCACCUCGCUUCACUGCAGCGAAGAACUUUACGUGUUUAACACUAAAAUGUCUGAACCAAUCGGAGGUGAUGAACAGAAGCUGCAAGGCCGUAGUUAGAUGAGGUCCUCUCUGAUUCAGGUUUACCGGCUUCAUUCAUUCAUGCUACAUUAUAGUUUUCAGUGAUGCUAAAGAUAUGCAAAAUGGUGUGCCCAUGAUUUGUGACCAUUUUCACUGAACACAUUUUUGUAAUCCAACUUAAUUUUGAACUAAUUUAGUAUAUUUUAUAAAAAUAGAUGUAACAAGACUUAAGUUUACUGCAUAUAUUUUACACUUGAAAGUAAGAUUGUUGAAAUUAGCAAAGUAUAUGUUUUAAUCUGGAAAAUGCUGGAGGUUCUGCUAAAAGAUGUAGAUGCAAGAAAUUGAUCUAAGGGUGUGAAGUUCUAAUGUAUGAAGGGUGUCGCAUAUAGUGAAAGCCACUGAGCUGAGGAGAGACUUUGAGGGUUAAAGAAAAGACAGGUAGUGACAAAGAACGAGGCAGUUUAUUGUUUUCAAGCCUUCAUCCAUUUUAACACUGCAGUUUUUUUUUUUUUUUUUACAGAAGUAAGCUUUUAUGGAGUUUUUAUCUUUAGAUUCCGGGAAACUGCUUUCUUUGAUGUUGAAUUAUGUUACCUUGGGUAUUGAUAGGUCAUUUAAAGUGUUAGUCAUUUAAAAAAAAUAAUAAUAAUAACUCUUGAUUUUUCAUGUCAUGGUGAGGGCCCAGAUACUGAGCUUUGAGACCUGUAAUCAGCUGUUUGGAUGUCCUUGGAGAAGGAGGGGUUGGCGGUGUAUGGACUCAUAGACUCUCUGAGCCUGCACUCCGCUCUGAGUAGAACAGACCUCUUGAUUGGUGGGGGUCUCAGCGCUUGAAUUAUUAUUAUUAUUUUUUUUUUU